AAAAAAGUCGUCUAAGGCAGCCUUCGUUUUUUGUCCAGAAAGCCGGCCAUUAUUGCGGGUGAUUUUUGUCUCCUGUAUUGUUUCGAGGCCUGAUACCAUUUGUGGCCGUCAAUUCGUAUUGCUGGACCCUUGCGAUUGCUCAGUGGUGGUUCAGAGCUUGAAGAUAAAUUUUCGCUCGUUGCGAGCUUUCUGAGCAGUCACAGCUAAUCCCGCCUACAAAGGCAGUGGAGACAAUGCCUCGCAAGGCGAUCGAUUCCCGAAUCCCCGCGCUCAUUCGCAAUGGCGUGCAGGAGAAAAAACGAAGCUUCUUCGUCGUGGUUGGCGACCGCGCCAAGGAUGUGAUUGUGCAUCUGCACUAUAUCAUGUCAAGUGUCGAUGUCAAGCAGAACAAGUCGGUUCUUUGGGCAUACAAGAAGGAUUUGUUGGGUUUCACAAGUCACCGGAAGAAGCGUGAACAAAAGAUCAAGAAGGAAGUCAAGAGAGGAAUUAGAGAACCGAAUCAAGAGGAUCCUUUCGAGCUGUUCAUCACCCUCAACCAGAUUCGCUAUGUAUACUACAAGGAGACGGAGAAGAUUCUCGGAAAUACCUAUGGAAUGUGCAUUCUUCAAGAUUUCGAGGCCAUGACACCAAACCUGCUCGCACGAACGGUUGAGACUGUUGAAGGAGGUGGUAUGGUGAUCCUGCUCUUGAAGAGCAUGAGCAGCUUGAAGCAGUUGUAUACCUUGUCAAUGGACAUCCACUCGAGAUACAGAACAGAGGCACACGAUGAUGUGGUAGCACGCUUCAACGAGCGAUUCAUCCUGUCUCUUGGUAGCUGCGAUUCUUGCUUGGUUGUCGAUGACGAACUGAAUGUCUUGCCCAUCUCCGGAGGAAAGACCGUGAAGCCUCUUCCCCCGCCAGAGGAGAUCGAUACCACUAAUUCAGGAACAAAGAAGGAGCUGAAGGAAAUCAAGGAUAGUUUGGCAGAGACCCAGCCUGUUGGACCGUUGAUUGGAUUGUCCCGGACAACUGACCAGGCAAAGGCCCUCCUCACAUUUGUCGACGCAAUUGCCGAGAAGACUCUUAAGAGCACUGUUGCACUUACUGCUGCUAGAGGACGUGGAAAGUCGGCGGCUCUCGGUGUUGCUAUCGCGGCUGCGGUUGCUCACGGCUACAGUAACAUUUUCAUUACCUCUCCCAGCCCAGAGAACUUGAAGACUCUCUUCGAAUUCGUAUUCAAGGGCUUUGAUGCUCUCGGCUACCUUGACCACGUCGACUACACCAUCCUCCAAUCUACCAACCCCGACUUUAACAAGGCCAUCGUGAGAGUCAACAUUCACCGUCAACACCGUCAAACAAUCCAAUAUAUCCAGCCGCAGGAUGCCCAUGUCUUGGGCCAGGCAGAGCUUUUGGUCAUUGAUGAAGCUGCAGCAAUUCCAUUGCCUUUGGUCAGGAAGCUGAUGGGCCCAUACCUCGUCUUCAUGGCCUCCACUAUCAAUGGUUAUGAAGGAACGGGUCGGUCUCUCUCUCUUAAGUUGAUCCAGCAGCUCCGUGAACAGUCAAGAGGAGGUGCCAAGUCGGGUGGUGAAGAGAUUGAUGUUGCCGAUCGUGCCACUGGAAAGGCGGCGAAGAAUUCAGAGAAGGGCCUAGGUGGAAGGACUCUCAGAGAAAUCACCCUUGCCGAGCCGAUCAGAUAUGCACCUGGGGACUCUGUAGAAAAGUGGCUAAACAAGGUCCUGUGCCUUGAUGCUACACUGCCAAAGUCCAAAAUCAAUACUCAGGGCUGCCCUCACCCUUCUCAGUGCCAGCUGCUUCAAGUCAACAGAGACACUUUGUUUUCUUUCCACCCUGUUUCCGAGAAGUUUUUGCAGCAGAUGAUGGCUCUGUAUGUUGCCAGCCACUACAAGAAUACCCCGAACGACCUUCAGCUUAUGAGCGAUGCGCCAGCACACCAGCUCUUCGUUCUUGUGCCGCCCAUUGAUGAGGAGGCCACUAAGCUACCAGAGCCCCUGUGUGUCAUCCAGGUUGCGCUGGAAGGUCGUAUCAGCCGUCAAAGCGUUCUCAACAGCUUGAGCCGUGGGCAAAGAGCCGGUGGUGAUCUGAUCCCGUGGCUUGUCAGCCAGCAAUUCCAAGACGAGGAUUUCGCUGGUCUCUCGGGUGCUCGAAUUGUUCGCAUUGCGACCAACCCCGAGUACAUGAACAUGGGCUAUGGAUCUCGCGCGUUGGAAUUGCUGAUCGACUUCUUUGAAGGCAAGUUCACCAGUCUGUCGGAAGACAUGAGUGACGCACAAGAUGAGAUGGUCAGAGUCACUGAGGAAGAACUCGCCAACUCCAACCUCUUGGACGACAACAUCCAGGUUCGGGACAUCCGCACCAUGCCCCCGCUUUUCGGCAAGUUGUCUGAACGUCGUCCGGACGCUCUUGACUAUCUUGGUGUCAGUUAUGGUUUGACUCCAUCUCUGCACAAAUUCUGGAAGCGCUCUUCCUUUGCCCCGGUGUACCUCCGCCAAACACCCAACGAGUUGACUGGUGAGCAUUCUUGCGUGAUGCUACGCACCCUUGCCACUGGCUCCAACGAGGUCGGCUGGCUGGGAGCUUUCGCAAGAGACUUCCACAAGCGUUUCAACUCCUUGCUCUCUUAUCAAUUCCGGGAGUUCCCCUCUGUGCUCUCUCUCAGCAUCUGCGAGUCCGCAAAUGCAGGCGCCAAAUCCGACGCUUCCUUCUCCCCAGCCAUCCUGAAAAAGCGUGAUAUCGACGCCGCUUUCUCCCCCUUCGAUCUCAAGCGAAUUGACAGCUACGCGAACAACUUGCUCGACUACCACGUCAUUCUUGAUAUGGUCCCUACCAUCGCCGAAUACUACUUCGCUGGUCGCCUCGGCGGUAAGGUCAACCUCUCUGGCGUGCAGCAGUCCAUCCUCCUUGCCAUCGGUUUGCAACGCAAGAAGUUGGAGGACAUUGAGAAGGAAUUGAACCUUCCCUCUUCCCAGCUUCUGGCGAUGUUCCUCAAGAUCAUCCGUAAGAUGUCGACCCACUUCCGCUCUCUGGUUGAGGGUGCCGUCGCAGACACCCUCCCCGCCGAACAAAUACCAGUGGCUCCAACCACAGCCACUGCACAUGACGAGGAGGUCGACGAUCGCUUCAAGCCCUUGGAAACAAGCUUGGAUGAUGAGCUCCAAGAAGGAGGACAGAAGAUCGACGAUGAGCUUCGCGAAAAGCAAAGGGCUUUGAUUGACGCCCUUCCCUUGGACAACCUCCAGCUACGAGAUAAAUAACGGUAGUGCCGCGUGGGAGGAAGCCGAGAAGCAAGUCCGCAGUGGAAAGGGCUCAACCGUCAGCGUCAAGUCG